UUUUCACCUAAUGAGUUGCCUCAAGGACGUUCCUACACUCAGAGGUGAUAAUUACCGUGAGUGGAGGAAGAAGGUUGACAUGGCUCUCUGCAUUGCUGAGGUGGAUUAGGUUCUGGAGGAACCACAAACAGUUUCACCUCCAGAGCCAGUCAGAGAUGCUGAUGAUGAUGAGAGUUGGGAGAAAAAGAAAUGGGAUUGUGGCAAAGAGGAGAUGUCAUACUCCAUAAAUAACAGGAAGUGGAUAAAUGCCAACAAGAAAUGUUUGGCAUUUGUAAAGAACACAAUUGACACCACCAUUGUGGGCUCAAUUGCAGAGUGCCCUACCGCAAAGGAGAUGCUAAACAAGAUAAAGAGUCAGUUUACUGGCUCUUCUAAGACCUAUGCCACCCAGUUGAUAAAACAACUGGUGACAGAGAGCUACACUGGAGGUGGCCAUGGCAUAAGGGAGGACAUCCUGCGGAUGAGCAAUACGGCAGCCAAGCUCAAGCCCAUGGAUGCGGAUCUAGAGAUCAAACCAGCUCUCCUCGUCCACCUGGUCAUGGCUUCGCUGCCUAAGGAAUUUGAGACCUUUGUUGUGAACUACAACAUGCAGCCCGAGACAUGGGACAUAGAAAAGGUCAUAGCCAUGUGUUCACAAGAAGAGGAGAGAAUCAAAGAUUCACAUGGUGGCUCCCUGAACUAUGUGAAGGAAAAGAAAGGUUUUCCAACCCAACAAAGGUUCUCCCUCAAAGCCACAUGGCAAAGAUUAUGGCAAAGCUCCCGCUCAUUAUCACCAAAAGCCUAUCCCAGUAGACAAGGACACUUGUAUGUACUGCAAGGAGAAAUGGCACUACAAGAAGAAUUGUGUUGCCUGGCUAAAGGCCUUCAUGGCAAAGAGAGGGGUUCAGUUCGACGAGGACCAUGUGCCGAAAACAAAGAAGUAUUGAAGUCACAAAUGGUGUCCAAGCAGAAGUUGAAGCUGUAGGUGACGUCUCCUUGGAGCUAACCGAAGGAUUCAAGAUUUUGCUUAGAGAUGUACUAUUCAUGCCUUCAUGUAAUAGGAACUUAAUAAGUGUUUCAUGCUUAGACAAAGACAAUUAUCAAUGCUUUUUUGGACAUGGUAAAUGUACCAUUUGGUACAAUAAUGAUUAUGUAGGCGAUGCCUUCCUCCA